AUGGCUCCAGGUGGUGCCGGUAAUAUUAAGGUGGUGGUGCGGGUGCGGCCUUUCAAUAGCAGAGGCGCCCAGACCGUGCUCACAGCACCACCGGGCGCAGAGGAUAAAUCGCGAAAAGGCGCAAAGGGUAAUGCGGUGGAGGGACCGAAGACCUUCGCCUUCGAUCGAUCAUAUUGGUCUUUUGACAAGAAAGCCCCCAACUUCGCCGGCCAGGAUGACCUCUUUGACGAUCUGGGCAUGCCGCUAUUGGACAAUGCCUUCGGUGGCUACAACAACUGUAUUUUUGCCUACGGCCAGACGGGUUCGGGAAAGUCGUACUCGAUGAUGGGAUACGGCAAAGAAUACGGUGUCAUCCCCCGAAUUUGCCAGUCCAUGUUCGAACGAAUCCACCAGAUACAAGAAGACAAGAGCCUGAAUUGCACGGUCGAAGUGACCUACCUCGAGAUCUACAAUGAACGAGUCCGCGAUUUGCUUAACCCGUCGAAUAAGGGGAAUUUGAAAGUUCGAGAGCAUCCGUCUACCGGUCCCUAUGUCGAGGAUUUGGCAAAACUGGUGGUCCGCUCUUUCGAGGAGAUCGAAAAUUUGAUGGACGAAGGUAAUAAGGCCCGAACAGUGGCCGCGACGAACAUGAACGAAACAUCCAGUCGAUCACAUGCUGUCUUCACACUGACGCUCACCCAAAAGCGCCAUGAUUCAGAAACAUCAAUGGAUACCGAGAAAGUGUCCAAAAUCAGCUUGGUUGAUUUGGCAGGUUCGGAGAGAGCAACCUCCACUGGGGCCACUGGUGCACGAUUGAAGGAGGGUGCUGAGAUUAAUCGUUCUUUGUCAACCCUCGGCCGUGUCAUUGCUGCCCUCGCCGACGUCUCCGCCGGCAAGAAGAAGAAUGCUUCGAUGGUCCCGUAUCGUGAUUCCGUGUUGACAUGGCUACUGAAGGAUUCUUUGGGAGGUAACUCCAUGACCUCAAUGAUUGCAGCUAUCUCUCCUGCAGAUAUCAACUUUGAAGAAACUCUGGGUACUUUGCGGUACGCCGAUUCGGCCAAGCGAAUCAAGAACCACGCUGUUGUGAACGAAGAUCCGAAUGCCCGCAUGAUCCGCGAACUCAAAGAAGAGUUGGCUCAGCUCAGGUCCAAGUUAGGAGGCGGUGUGGUAGCCGGAGGAGCUGCAGGCGCUGUGGCCGGGGCAGCGGGUGCACCCCCGGCCGAGGAAUCCUACCCCCCAGAUACGCCGCUGGAGCAGCAAAUGGUUUCUAUCCACCAGACAGAUGGCUCUGUCACCAAAGUCAGCAAAGCAGAAAUCGUCGAGCAACUCAACCAGAGUGAGAAGCUCUACAAAGAUCUCAAUCAGACCUGGGAGGAAAAGCUGCAGAAGACCGAGUUCAUUCACAAAGAGCGCGAAGCUGCAUUGGAGGAGCUGGGUAUCAACAUCGAAAAAGGCUUCGUUGGACUCAGUACCCCAAAGAAAAUGCCUCACUUGGUCAACCUCAGCGACGACCCCUUGUUGGCAGAGUGUUUGGUCUACAACAUUAAACCAGGGACCACCGCUGUGGGACACAUGGACCAAGGAAGCUCUAUUGAGAUUCGACUGAAUGGCUCAAAAAUCCUUCCCAAGCACUGUACCUUUGAGAAUGCGGACAAUGUCGUGACCAUUGUCCCCACCGAAGGCGCCGCGGUCAUGGUCAAUGGCCUGCGUGUUGACAAGCCCCAGCGUCUCAAGAGCGGCUACCGAAUUAUUUUGGGCGACUUCCACAUUUUCCGUUUCAAUCAUCCUCAAGAGGCUCGAGCCGAACGAGUCGAGCAGAGCUUACUGCGCCAUUCCGUCACGACUAGCCAGCUCGGCUCGCCGGCACCGAAUAAAACGCAUGAUCGAACUUUGAGCAAGACUGGAUCUGAAAUCGAUGGAGACUCGAGCCGGGCCGACUCUCCAAUGCCUUCACAGCGUGGCCGUGAAUCGGAUUGGUUUCUUGCUCGUAGAGAAGCCAUCAGUGCUAUGAUGGGACCGGAUCAGAUCUCUCAUUUACCGGACGAUGAGCUUGAUAAUCUAUUGGAGGAUGUACAGAAGGUACGCGCGGUGCGCCGUGGGCUGCCAGAGAAUGAAGAAGAUUCCGACUCGCUCAGUUCGUUCCCAACUCGUGACAAGUACAUGUCCAAUGGAACCAUCGACAAUUUCUCCCUGGACACCGCGAUUACGAUGCCGGGUACUCCGCGGCAAAAUGACGACGACGAAUCGCCCAAUGGCAUUGCGUCCCUGAAUUCAACUCGCCAGGACAUGCAACGGCAGCUGGAUCGACAAAAAGAAGAAUUCCAAGACAAGCUCAAAAACGCGGAGGCUUCUCCUCACCAGGACCCAGGGGAGAUACGGUCUGAGAAACAGCGGAUGGAGGACGCUUUGCGCACUGCCAAGGAGGAGUUUGAAGAGCAGCUGAAACAACAAAAAGAAAAUUUCGAGACCCAGAUGCGAGACAUGGGCAAGCCCGUCCCCCAGAUCUAUGAGAACGGCUUUGCCAAGCUGAGUCCGCGAGAACUUGAGGUUGCGCUAUUGGUUUUCCGCCACUGGUCGCAGCGCAAUUAUGUCCGCAUGGCUGAGAAGGUCCUCCAACAUGCGUCGCUCAUGAAGGAAGCACAAGUUAUGAGCCAUAUCAUGGACAAGAAUGUGGUCUUCCAAUUCGCCAUAGUUGACCAUGGCCACAACAUGGCGUCCUCAUAUGAUCUCGUGUUGAAUGGAAUCUCUGGCGACGAAGACGUCGUCCUGGACGAGGCUAAGAAACCGUGUGUAGCGGUCCGGGUCAUUGACUACAAACAGUGCGUAAUCCAUCUCUGGUCGAUCGAGAAGCUCCAGCGUCGUCUGCAGGCCAUGCGCCAGUUGCACCAGUACAUCGAUCGUCCCGACUACAUUCAACAUUUCAAGCUUGAUAAUCCCUUUUCCGAGCCGUGCUCGCCGCAAUAUUCCCUUAUCGGCGACGCGGAUAUCCCUUUAACUGCUGUUUUUGAGACCCGUGUGCAAGAUUUCUCCGUCGAGGUCAUGUCGCCAUACACCCAAAGUGUCAUUGGAAUUAUUCGGUUGUCACUCGAGCCAUCCUCGGCCCAGGCGCCUUCGUCCACUCUGAAAUUCAACGUGGUCAUGCGAGAUAUGGUCGGGUUCGCCGAGUGGGAAGGGAGUGAGGUCCAUGCGCAGCUCUUCGUUCCUGGUAUUUCCGAGGAAGGGGGCGCAACCACUACACAAAUGAUCACGGGUUUUGAUGAAAGCCCGGUACGAUUCGAAAGUGUCCAUAGCAUGAGCCUUCCACUCUCCAGCCCACGGACUGCUGCGCUAAAGGUCUGUGUCUUUGCUCGCGUGACAUCGGUGCACCUUGACAAGCUACUCAGCUGGGACGACAUGCGCGACACGGCAGAGCCUACACCUCAGAAGCGGACUGCUCCCCGGAUUGCCGAGUCGGAAUUCUAUUCGGAAGAAAGGCAUGAUGUUUUCGCUCGAGUUCAGAUCCUUGAGCUCGCAGAAUCUGGAGACUAUCUCCCCGUUGAGGUCGUUCAAAGUAACAACCUCGAUGCCGGUACCUCGCAACUUCACCAAGGUCUGCAACGCCGUAUCUCGAUCAAUCUCACGUAUAGCUCGACUGAGAGUCUUCCGUGGGAUGAUAUCAAUAACGUUCGCGUUGGUUCUGUUCGACUCCUCGACCCCUGGGGCAAGAUUCCAGAUCAAGAUUUGCAAACGCCGGACAUUCCGUUGAAGUUUGUUCAAGAACCCAUGGUCAAGGACAACGCCGAUGGAACCUCCAACGUCACGAUUGUGGGCCAGUGGGAUUCGAGCUUACACGGGUCCCUUCUGCUGGACCGUGUGACAGCCGACAAGUACCGGGUACAGGUGACGGUUCGUUGGGACCUUGUCUCGACUCGGCUGCAGGUCCCAGUCAUCUUCGAGGCCGAUCAGACAAUUCAGAUUUUGGGCCGGACGUACGUUCGCCAGCAGUCCAUGUUUAAACAACUGUGGAACUCAACGCGGGUUGUGCACUCGACGACCCGCAUGUAUUCGUUGGUCAUUCGUCCCAUCUCGGCCAAGCGUGCCGCCGACCUGUGGCGGAUGAAUACCCAAAACGACUACGUGAAAGGCGAGGAGCUCUUGACGACCUGGGCUCCGCGGAAAGUGUCGUUAGUUCGGGAUUACGUUGCCGCUCGCAAACGACGACGGCGGGUGGCGGAGUUGCAUGCUGCCCGAGGCGCUCUCAGCGCGGGCAGCCUGAUGGCUUCACCCGCUCGGAGCAGUGGACGAUCGACACCGAUGCGCAACCAGGAUCUCAAUGAGCGCAAAGCCAAGCUGCUCCGAAAAUAUCUUGAUCUUUGGUCAGCCAAGAAGGACCCCACCGAGACCAUUCUGAUCCGAAGUAACACAGAGCCCCCGGCCAACGGCGCGGCUUUUGCCUCCCAUGCCAACCAAGCGAACGGGGGCAUCUCCGACAAGAUGUCGCUCAAGCCGCGCUUUGUGGCCACGAUCCAGACCCUGCCGAAGAAUCCGUCUGCGCUAAAGUCGGGCUAUGUUUUAACUCCCGACGACGCUAACCAUGUCUGGGUCCGCCGGUUUGUGGAGCUCCGCCGGCCGUAUCUCCACGUCUACUCGGUCCCGGAGGGCGACGAAAUCAAUGCUAUCAAUCUGCGCAACUCGCGCGUUGACCACGCGCCCGACUUUGCGCGUCUGCUAGAUGGUUCGGGUGCAGGUGCUGACCGGUCGCUCUCUCGUGGCCGCCCGAAUAUCUUUGCGGUGUAUGGGACGCAGAACACUUUCUUGUUCGCGACGCGUACCGAGGCACAGAAGGUGGAAUGGAUCUUGAAGAUUGACGAGAGCUACUUUAGCAGUCAUAGCGGCAGUGCGGCCGCGAGUGGUGACGAGCGAUGA